AUGGUCCGGCACAAGAAAGAUAACUUCGGCGCCCGCGGUCGUAAGAAUCACCACUCGGGCCCGCCGCGCCCUCGACAACCGCGAGCAGGCGACGACGCCGAAGAUGGCCAACCCACCUCCCGCCCUACCUUCAAGGCCGCCUGCUGGGAUCUGGGACACUGCGACCCGAAGCGAUGCUCCGGCAAGAGACUAAUUCGAAUGGGCAUGAUGCGCGAUCUUCAUGUCGGCCAGCGCCAUAACGGUGUCAUCAUCACGCCAAACGGCAAACACACUGUGUCCCCUGCCGACCGCGAUCUGAUGGAGCAGUACGGCGCCGCCGUCGUCGAAGCCAGCUGGGCGCGAAUGCAGGAGAUCCAGUGGAACAAGGUCGGGGGGAAAUGCGAGCGCCUGCUGCCGUAUCUUGUCGCAGCAAAUACGGUCAACUACGGCAAGCCGUGGAAGUUGAACUGUGUCGAGGCGUUGGCUGCCGCGUUCUACAUCUGCGGCCAUCCUGAGUGGGCAGAGCAGGUUCUUGCGCCGUUCUCGUACGGCGAAGCUUUCUUGGAGAUCAACGGAAGUCUGCUCAAGAAGUACGCUGCUUGCGAGGACGAGAAGGGCGUAAAGAAGGUGCAAGACGAGUGGAUGGACAGGUUGGACAAGGAGUACGCGGAGAGCAGAGAGGUUGGUGAUGCGGACGACAUGUGGAAGAGCGGCAACACGAACCGCAGAGUGAUACCCGAUUCGGAUGAUGAGGAGGAGGGCGAUGAAGACGACGAAGAGGAGAGUGGAGAAUCCGGAGAUGAAGGCAGCGUUGACGGCAUCUACCUCGGCAAGAAGCCUGCGAAGAAGCAAGAGGAGGAGGAAGAAGAAGACAAGGAUCCUUACGCGAUAUCCGACGACAGUGACGAAGAUGCCGCCAUGGAGGAGAUCCGUCGCAAGGUUCUAGCGUCAAAAACCUUCUCCAAUCCUUCAGCACAGGACAAAAAGAAGCCAGAAUCGAUACCGCGGCCACAAACAUUAAAGCCCGACUCGGAUAUCGAGCCAGACUCAGACAAUGGUGAGGACGACGACGACUUUGACAAUAUCAUCAACGCGACACCGGUCACGGACAAGAUGGGUUUGAACAAGCUCGAGAAGGAGCGGUCUCAAUCAACAGUCACCAGCAAAUCAUUUUCCUCAAAUGUAGUUUCCGCGCCGAAACGGUGGUAA